UUCGCUUCCUUGUUAGGCGGGAGGUUUAAACAGCGGACCAAUCCUCAGGCGGUAUUCAAAGACGCCCUAAUUUCCUAGAAGAUGAUUGGCUGCUAUCACUCCGUCACCGCAAUAUAACUUUGUCUCUGGUUCAAACCUCUUGGCGAUGCGUGCGUCAAAAAUAUGUCAAAAGGUGCGUACACGAACAAUUAAAAAAGUCAAGAUAUAAUAAAACUCGUUUUAAGCGUCAAAGCUCGCUCUGAGACAAGCUGGGUGAAGGCAAACAAGUCAAAUUAAACACUCGAGUUGUGAAGUGCUAGUUUCCAUGGUAACAUGGGUACAAGCAAGAUGGAGUUCCUGCAAUGGAGUUGUGAAGAUGUUGCGACAUGGAUUGAAUCCAUUGGAUUUCCACAAUAUAAACUGUGCUUCACCGAGAACUGUGUCACGGGCAGGAAGCUGAUCUUUGUGGAUUGUGUCCAUAUGCCAAGACUUGGAAUCACAGAUUUUAAAGACAUGCAGGCUAUCGCGGCACGUGUGCGCGAGCUGCUGGGAAUCUCAGAGGUCCUGUGGAGUCGCAGCAUCGCAGACCCGCCACGGGACAUCGAGGGCCUCUUCCUGGAGAUGAAGAGCCGCACGGGGGUGAAGACCGAUGAGCUCACCCCUCAGCAGCUGCUGGAAGACAUCAGCCACUGACAAGAUCAAAGUGUGUACAGUGAACCGCUGUGCAUUCCAGACGCUGAGACCCUUAAAAAGAUUUUAUUCUUCUUCAACUUUUUAAACACCUUCCCGAUUGUAAACAGGCAAAAUCACGACGCUGCCGGACAUAUAUUCUUUGUACUCUGCGAAAAAUGAUUAGUAUUACGGCAGCUUAGUGAGUCAUGCUUGUGGAACUUGGUAAGUACUCUGUGAAAGUAUCAUGUAAAGAAACAUGAGGAAAAAAUAAAUAAAAAUAUUAAUUGCAGCGAGGAAUUCCAUGAUUGAAAAUGAGGUACGUUCCAAAAGGAAAACUACAAUGUAUCCAUGUUGCGGUACACUGUAUUGUGCCUAGAGAAGCGCGGGGAGUGUCGAUGCAAUUUUCUGCCCGCCAACUGCCCUGGUGACUCACUCACAUGCGAGUUCUGACAUUCACACUUCCCGCCCGCCGAGAGCCUGCCUGUUGUAAUUACGGCCGCGGCAAAGUGCUGCUAUUACAAUAUGCUGUGUAAUCAAAUACAUGAGAUAUUGUUUGAAAUAAUCAUGACUUAAGUGUCCCGUCGGGUCUUUCACUGGCGAGUACACAUUAGGUGUCCAGUUCCAUAACCCGGAACGCUAAUAAUUGGACCUCAAGGUAACUGUUUGUAACUACCAGGAGGUCCAACGCUGAGGUAUGGUUCAAAGGUAUGUCAAAGUCAAGGAUACAAAAGUAGUAGCACCCUGGGGACAAAGCGUCAUCCACUUAAUGUGCACAGUGGAGCAUGCUUCUUGUACUUACCUUUUGAAGGCCACAUUUUCCCCCCCCCUAUUCGAAUCUGGAUUUAGGCCCAUUUUACUGCCAUUUCUCCUCUCUGUGAUCCACUUUUCAAUGUUUCAUAAAAAUGUGUUUUUCCUGUGAAAUGUUUUUCCUUUCCUAGAUGUCUUUUUGAACUGUGGGUCUGUGAAGCCCUUUGAGACAUUUUUGUAAUGAAGGGCUAAAUAAAUAACUUUUAAGGUAUGAAAUGCGGACUAUGGGGGAGGGGGGGUUUGUUGUAGUGUGCCAACUGAUUCACAGGGGAGCUUUAAGUUUCAGCCAAGUCGACAUUUCUUCAACGACUGAUCUGUGCUGUACUCUGAUUGCAACAGAUGCAGGAACACCCAGAAACAACAACAUAUAUUUCAUCACAUCCUCUUCAUUUAGGUCUAUCCCUAAACUAAUUAAACAUUACAGCUUCGCAAUCGACCGCUGCCCAUCUGUCUGAGACACCUGCUUCCUAUUUGGGCUUGUUUGGGCCAUUACCCUAUCGUAGGCGUUCGUCAAAGCCUGGAAUUUAUUGCUUCAUACCAAAAUGGCUGACUUCUUGCCACUUUCAAAGACGGGACCUUGAGACUUUUUCCUGUCAUGAUAGACAGGUCCACCCAAUUUUUUGGGUGGUCAGCCGAACAGGUGUGGUGGGCUGAAUGAGUUUUGCUCCCAAAUCCGUAUCUUUUUGGGAAGGAGAAAGUGGUGCAUGCUGCAUUCUGUCGCGCAUGCAGUCUCUAUCUCUCCUCUCUCUCUCGCUCUCUCUCUCUGCGUGUGCAUGAAUAAAUGAUGACGCUGGGCCCGUGAGAGCGGCGGGCCGGCAGGCAGGGCUCAUGUAUGUGUGAGUGUGCGUUGCAUCUGUCUGCGCAAACAAACGCUCUCUGUGCAGCCGCCAUUGCAAUUCCGAACACAAGCGCCAGUGGAACCGGCCAGCGAG